AUGAGUGAACAAAAAAAAGAACCUAGUAUAUAUAUUAACAAUAUAAUUGCAUUAAAUAAAAAUAAUAAUGUUAUAACAAAAAAUACAAAAAAAAGAAAAAUACUAAAAAACGAUGAAACUAAUAUGCUAAUAUAUGAUAAACUUUAUUCUUAUUUAAAUAAAUACGAAAAAAAAAGUCUAUUACAGGAAUGUAUAUUUAAAAGCACAAUUUCUAAUAAGUCAUAUGCAAUUCAAAUAUUUUCUGAAAAAUUAAAAAAAUACGAUUUACAUUUAGAGCUAAAUAAUAAUAAAUUAUAUAUAUCAAUAAAAUUCAUCGAAAAUAUUGAUAUAAUAACAAAAUUUUUAAAAAAUGAGUUUUGUUUUAAAAAGAAAAAGGAUGAAAAUGUUAUUUUACUACUAGCUAAAAAAUAUGAAAUCUUUGAAAUUUUAAUAAGGAGCAUAUAUUUAAAAGAAAAAAUUAAUGAUUUCUUAAAAAAUAACUAUGAAGUUGAUGAAUAUUUUAUUAAACAUAAUUUUAAAAAUAACUAUGAAUUAUAUAAAAAUAUUGUGUAUAAGAAUUUUUUUUUUUUUAAUAAUAAUUUUUCAAAUAAUUUAAAAAAUAAAAAAGAUCAUAAAACACACAAGAACUAUUCAAAUCAUAAUAUGAACAAUUCAGGUGUACAGAUAACAAAUGAUAUAAUUAAUACAAAUGAUUUAGGAGAUAAUGCUUCAGAUAAUAAAAUAAGUAAAAAUGAAUCUAACUUACAGAAAUUAAAUUCUAAAGAUAAUUUAGACAAUUUAAAGUUUGAUAUUUUACAAAAAAAUAAAAAUAUAAAGAAUCAUGAAAAAAAAAAAGAAAAAGAAACAAAAAAUAGAGAAGAAAUAACUAAUGUAAAAAAAAAAAAAAUAAGUAAAAAUAAAAAUAAGUGUGAAUUAAAAAAAGUAAAAAAUACAGAAAAAAUAAAUAAUAAAAAUAAUUUCAUAUCUGACGAUAAAUGCUUAAAUAAAGAGAAUAUAAUUAAUGAAAUCAAUUUAAUAGAUAGACAAAAUGUAAUAAGUAGAAAGCAUACAGGAGAAGAAAGAAGUGUUAUAGCUAAAAAAAAUGUAGAGGGAAGUAAUUUAAAUGGUGCAAAUUUAAUAGAUGGGGAAGAUAAUAAAAUAAAAUUAAUUAGCAGAGAAUCAAUAAAAGAAAAAGAAGAAAAAAAAUUUAGAGAAAAAGAGGACAAAAAAAUAUGGGACAAAGAAAAAAAGAAAAAAAGAAAAGAAGAAAUAAUAAUGAAAAAGAGAGAGUUAUUAAAAUGUGAAAAGGAAAAAAGAAAAAAAAUAAAAGAAGAGAAAAAGCUUAGAGAAAAGGAAGAAAGGAAAAAAGAAAGAGAAAAAAAUAAAAAAGAAAAAGAAGAGUUAUUAAAAAGUGAAAAAGAAAAAAAAAAAAUAAUAAAAGAAGAAAAAAAAAGACAAAAAGAAGAAUUUUUGAAAAAAGUAAAAGAAGAAAAGAAAAAAUUUAAAGAAGAAAAAAAUAAAUUGAAAGAAGAAAAAAAUAAAUUGAAAAAGGAAAAAAAUAAAUUGAAAGAAGAAAAAAAUAAAUUGAAAGAAGAAAAAAAUAAAUUGAAAGAGAUAAAAUCUGAACAUAAAAAAAUUAGUAGAAAAAAUCAUGAUCUUUCUAAAAAGAAAAAUGAUAAUGCAAUAAAAGAAAAAGAAAUUGAGAUAAUGAAAAAUCCAUUUAAAACUUCCAAUAAUAAUAAAAAAAAGAAAAAAGAAGUGAUACAAAAAUGUAGUAGAAGAAAUAAUAUUAUACAUGGUAAACAUUUACAUGAAAUAAAUAAAGAAAAUGAAAACAGAAAUUCAAGUGAGGAAUUAAAUAAAACAAAUACUUAUGAUAAAGUGAAAAGAAAAAAAUAUUUGAUUUCUUUAGAAUCAAUAGACAAUUCUCAUUUAAAAAGAAAAAAAUUAAGAAAUGAAGACAAUGAAUCCAAUGAAAUUAAUAAUUUAUUAAAUUUCGGAGAAAAAAAGAAGAGCAUAAUAGAAAUACCUAAUAACGUGAUAGACAAAAAAAUGGCAAAGAAGAUUGUAUUUUGUAAACAUGAUCUUAAUCAUAAAAAAGAAAAGAAAAAAAAAAUAUCUUUAUUUGGAAAUGUAAAACCAGUAGAUAUAAUAAAAAGAGGAAUUGAUGCUUUUCAAAUUCUAGAAAAUGAAGAAAAUUUAUACACCGAUGUUUUAAUUAUCGGUGCAGGGGUAUCUGGUUUAGCUGCUUCUUAUUAUUUAAAUAAAUGUGGUGCAAAAAUUUUAUUAAUUGAAGGUAGAAAUAGAAUAGGAGGAAGAGCCUUUUCUACAAUUUUACCUGAGAGAAUUAUAAAUAAUAAAGUAUUACCAGAAACUAUUGUUGAUUUGGGUGCAAAUUAUCUACACUGUUGUGAUAACUCAGAUUUAUCAAAUGAAAAUAAAGCUAAAGAAACGAAUAGUACGAAAAAUGUAAAAACAUUAGAAGAAAUAUUUGAAGAAUAUAUAUCUAAUGAAGAGAAAUUAAAUAUGAAUGAGAAAAAAGGAAAAAAGAAAAAGAAAAUUAAAAAAAAAAAAAAAAAUUACAGUAUGAGUAAUAAUAAUAAUCAUCAAUAUAAUAUAAAUGAAAUAGAAACAAUACUAUCAGAUAAUUUUAAGUUAUUUAGAGAAGAAUAUUUAAAGUUGUUUAAAGAUUUUCAUAAUUCAACCUUUUGGAAAUAUAUUAAUAGUAACAACAAUGAAAAUGUUCAUUUUUUUAAGAGAAAAGAAAAAUCUUAUAGUGAUUGUGAUUAUAAUAUUACAAAGAAUACUAAAAAUAUGAAAAAAAAAAAAUUGAAAAGUAAUAUGCUAUUUAUGAUAAGAAAUAAUAUUGAUAACAUAUGUAAUUAUUAUGAAAAGUAUUAUAAAAAAGAAAAAAAAAAUGUUUUAAAUUUUCUAAAAACUUUAGAUGAAAAUAUCUACUUUUAUAAUAACCUAAGUGACAGUUCUCUGAAUGCUUCUCCGUCUUUUAUUUUGAAUUAUGCAUCUAGAAAUCAAAAUAAAAAAUUUAAAAUUCUUUCUGUUAAUAAAGAUCCAAGAAAAAGAAGAGAAUUUGAUAAAUCUUUAACACAAUUAGCAGAAAAAUUAAAGCCAAAAGUUUCAUUAGUGUGUGGUAAAGAUAAUUGGGAAUCCACGUUUUAUGCUUAUUGGUAUAAUAAUGAAAAUGGAAAAAAAAUAAAAAGUUUUAAGAUUUAUAGAGUAAAUUUAUUAUGUGAUAAAAUUCGAGUGAGAGCUGCAAGAAAAAUUAGAAAUUAUUUAUAUAUUAAUGAUGUUUUGUAUGAUAAUGAUGAAAAUUUGGAAAAAAAUAAUUAUGAAGAUGCAAUAAGAAAUAAAAAAGAAAGUAAAUAUGUUACUAAUGAUUUGAUUGAUGAUGAUAGUACUCAGUUUAACCAGUAUAGUGAAAAUUACAAAGGAGAUUCAAAAAAUAAAUAUAAGGAUAGUAAUAUACGUAAAAAAGAUAAUACAAAAAAUAAAAAUAUUGCAAAUUAUGAAAUGGAAAUAAAAGAUGAAGAUAAUUUAAGAGAUACAAAAGGUAUAAAAUAUAUGGAUGAUUUGGAUAACACAUGUAAUUCAAAUAAUGACAGAAAUAAUAAUAAUGAAAAUAAUUCCACAGAUAAUUUAGAUAAAAGAAAACACAAUGACAAGAAAAAAUUUAAUAUAAUUAAAAUGGAAAGCAUGAAUGAAAGAAAUAAUAGCAUCUCUAAAAGAAAAAAAAGUUCUGCAAAUGACGUUAACUCAAAUUUAAAUUUAAAGAAAAAAAUAACGAAGACUGGUUUAAAUAUAUCUAAUUAUGAUGAAAAUGUAAUUAUUUAUGAUAAUUAUUACAAUUAUGGGGAGGAUUAUUAUAAGAUUGUAAAAUCAACAAAUGAAAAGUGCGAAAAUAAAGAUGUUAAUAAAACUGAGUUGUAUGAUAAUAAUAAAAAAAGAAGAAGUAUGUGGGAUUUAUUAAUGGAAUGCACAGAAGAAAUAUUUAAUGAAAUGAAUAUAAAUCAGAACAAUUUUACUAUUGAAGAAUGGAAAAUGCUAAUGGUUAUGUUACAAUCAAGAUAUGGCUAUGGUAGUGAUUUGAGAGAAACUUCUAUAGCCAUGUCUAGAAUUCCUUUUUCUAAUAAUAUGGAUAUUGAUAUAUGUCCAAACUAUGGUAGCAAUAAUUAUAUUUUAAAAAAUUUUAAAUAUUAUGAUAAAAUUAAAAAAAAUGAACAAACUCCUCAUAUUAGCUACUUUAAAGAUAAUAGUAGUGCAGAUAAAAUUGUUGUUGAUGGGUGGAAAUGGUUAAUUAAUUAUUUAUCCGAAAAUAUACAGAAUAAAAUUUUUCUUAAUACUGUAGCUGAACUUGUUCAAAUUAAAAAUGAAGAUGAACAAAAUAGUAAAGAUAAAUUAAUUUAUUACUAUAAUAAUGAAAAUGAAAGGAGUCAUUUAGAUAAUAUUGUUCAUAAUAAUAAUAAUAAUAAUAAUAAUAAUAAUAAUAAUAAUAAUAAUAAUAAUAAUAAUAAUAAUAAUAAUAAUAAUAAUAAUAAUAAUUUUAUUAAUACUGAUCACAAAGAAGAUGAUUUAGAUAACACUAAUUAUUAUAAAAAAAACCUUUUUAAUAAAGAUAUUCAAAAACAUAAUGAAUACGAUAAAAAUGUUCAAAGAAAAAAUAUUUUUGAUUCAAAUAUUCAAAAUGAAAUAAAUAUUGAUGAAAGUAUUCAAAAAGAAAAUGAUUCUUAUAAAAGUUGUAAAAUUAACGAAAAUACAAAAAAAAUUCAAAAUUAUAAAAGUUGUUAUAAAGCGUGUGACAAUAAGGGUAAUUAUAAUGUUUUUGUUAGAUGUAAGAGCUAUGAUAAUGCAUCAAAAAGCAGAAAUAAAAGUUUUCAUGGUAUAUAUGAUUUAAAAAAUAUCGAUUAUUUAAAUAUUAAUAUAUACGCAAAAUAUGUUAUAGUAGCCUUACCAUUAGGUUCAUUAAUAGAUAAUGAUAAAAAUAGCAGUAGGAAAACAUGCUUAAAAUUUGAUCCAGAGCUACACCCGCUAAAAAUAAAAGCUCUCAAUCAUUAUAAAAUGGGUAAUCAUAAUAAAAUUAUAUUGAGAUUUUAUCCAUAUAGUUUUACAUGGCCAUUUGAUAGUUUACAGUUAAAUUGUUUAGAUCAAAAAUUUCAAUUUCUUAAUUUGCAUGCAUAUGGAAAAGUUGGUUGUGUUUUAGUUCAUUGUUUUCCUCCAUGGUCAUCAACACAUGGUUAUAUAAAAAAGGAAUAUUUUAUUGUAAAUGAAUGUUUAUAUACAUUAAACAAAAUGUUUGAAAAAAGUGGCAAAAGAUUGCCUAUAUUAGUUGACUAUAUUGUAACAAAAUGGCAAGAUGAUAAUUUUUCUUUUGGUUCUUAUGCAUAUCCAUAUGUUAAUUGUAACGAUAAUGAUUUAAUCUAUUUAAGAUCUCCUCAUCCUAUUAAUAAACCAAAAGUAGUUUUCUGUGGAGAAUAUAUAUCAAAAAGUUAUUUUCAAUGUGUAGAUGGCGCUUAUGAUACAGGUAUACGAGCAGCUGAAGAUAUAGCACAUAUUGGAUUAAAAUUAAAAAGUUUUGAUGAAAAAUAUUAUAAUACGGAUGUAUUUUUUUUUCCUAAUAAUACAUGCCCAUUUACUAAUAUACCUUUACCAAAAAUGCAGAAUUCUUUACUUGGUUUUUACUUAACUGAUGGUAGUGAUGAAGCAAUAACAGAUUAUGAAAGUUCUGCAGAUGAUGAAAGCUUAUCUAACAUUCCUAUUUCAGUGAUAAAAAAAGAAUAUAAAUUUUUAAUUCAUUCUUUAAAUAAAAUUCAAAAUUUUUUUGAUUAUUUAGAAAGAGACAAUUCUUGCAGAAAUUCUCAAGAAAAAAAUGAAAAUGAGAAAAAAAAAAAAAAUAAUAAAAUAUGUUAUAUAAAUGAUAAUUUUUCUAAUGAGCCUUUAAAUAAUUAUAAGGAAAAAACAGUAAAUAGUGCUAAUGAUGACUGCAAUAAUAAUUACAUAAACAAGUCUGAAUAUAAUAAAAAUGUAGAUAUAAUCAUUCAUACUAAUGAACAUCAAUCCCCUAAUAAUAGAAAUAAUAAUUGCAAAAGCGAUUUAAUUCAAUCAGAAGAAUAUUCUUUAGGUAGUGAACAUAUUACAAAUAAUGAAAGUUGCAAACCUUUAUAUACUCUCGAAAACACAUAUGCUGGCAUAAAUUUAAAGCAUAUAAAUAAUGAUUUAUAUUUCGAUGAACAUAUCAAAAAAAAUUAUAAAGCUGCCGAUAAUAUUCAUAAUGAUAGAAAUUGCAUCUUAGACACAUACAAUGAUGAUUUAAAUGAAAAUAAGAAAAAUUUGAAGAAUAUAUUUUUUAAAAAAUUUAAUAGUAAUUUAGAUUUGUAUAUUGACAAAUAUAUAAUAAAAAUUAACGAUGCUAUUUUUUAUAAUUAUAAUACAAUAGAAUUAAAUUUAGUAAAUAUAAAAAAAAAAUUUAAUUUAGUAAAACCCAAAUUUUUAUUCGGUAAUUAUUUAUCAGCGAUCAUAAGUAAGUAUUAUCGCUUUUUGUUUUUUAUGCUGAGAGAAUUAUUUAUUAAUACUGAAAAAUCUAAAAUUUUUCUAUUGAAUGAUUUAACUAAUUCUACAAAUAUAGAUUUUCACUCUUUUUUAAAUGAAAAUAAGAAUGACAUAUUAAUUAAUGAAGAUAAAAAAAAUUUACUGUCUGGAACAGUAGCAAAUAAUGAAGAUACUGAUAUAUUUAAUAAAUACAUCUUUGUUAAUUCCAUAAAUAAGGCAAUUAAUGAAAUAGAUAAUAAUAUAAACUUAGAAUUGAACCUUACCUUUAAUAAAGAUGCAAUUUGUAAUAUUAAAAGUAACGAUAUAGAUAAUAACUAUAUAAAAAGCAAUGAUAUUAAAGAAAAUAAUAAUGAUAUAAACAAUAUAUGUAAAAACAACAGUGAGAAUUUUAAUGAUGAAGAAUAUAAGCUACUUAAUGGAAAAACAAAUAUGAGAGAUUCAAUAGAAAAUGGAAAAGAAAAUACAAAUAGUGAAAUAAUUAUGUACCAUAAAAAAAAAUAUUUAUAUAUUCAGAGUAGAAGAAUAAUUUAUUUAAAAAAUUAUUUAAAAUAUGUACUGAAUCAUAUAUCUAUAACUAAAAAAAUAUUAGAAGAAAAAACUAUAAAUAUAAAUAAUUAUAAUAAAAUAAAAUUAAGUACCGCAAGUUUUCUUUUUUUUCUUAGUUAUGUUUUGCAGUACAUAAUGAAACAAAUAAAUUAUGAUUUACAUCAUAGUACGAUUGAUAAAAACUUAAUUAUUCAGAUUUUAUGUGACUACAUUUACUACUUAACUUUUUAUAAACAUGAUGUUUUAUGUUAUAAAUGUAUGAAUGGAGGAGAAUUAAUUAUGUGUGAUUAUGCUUGUUGUACGAAUGGUUGGCAUUCUUAUUGUUUUUCACCUAAUUCUAUUUUCAAAGAGACCAAAUUAAAAAACUUUUGGUUUUGCCCCAACUGUUCAAAUACAUCUAAAGUUAUUCAGAGAGGUUGUUACAACCAAGAUGAAAUCAUGAUAAAUUAUUGGAAAAGGAGAGUAUAUAUAUAUAAAAUAAAAUUUUUUUUAUCAAGAACUAGAAAAGUUCGAAAGAGAUUAGAUUUAUUAAAAAUGGAAUUAUCUAAUAGGAUACAUUAG